AUGAAGUCAGUCCUGCUGCAGACCUUUCCUGUAGUGCUGCUGCUGCUGCUGGGGCUAGGCCUGGGGCUGGGCCUGGGGCUUUGGCUGGCUUCCACAAAGCUAGAGGACAGCCCAGAGCUGCUGAACCAGCUCUGGGACAUUGACUCAUGGCAGGAGGCAGAGACCACAGAUGACAUAGGAGGCACCAAAGCUACAGAACUACAGGAGCCUGGCAAGAAUGACAUGCUAUCAGAUGAGGUGAAAAUGUCAUUUGCAGAGGCAGGUGAAAAGGAAGUUAUAGGCCAUGGGACACUAGUAACUGAGGAGCUGUUUCAAAAGGAGGCUAUAUUCUACUCCAGGCAGCUCAAAAACAGUAGGGACUGCAAUGUUAUGAUGGCCCAGAAGUUAUCAGGGCCAAAGGGCACCUGUAAGGAGAAGCAUACCUUCAUCCAUGAGCGCUAUGACAAAAUCAAAGCCAUCUGUGCCACCCCAAGCAUUCCUUGUAAGGAAAAGGGGAAUAACUGUCACCAGAGCAGAGAACCUUUGCAAUUGACUGUCUGUCAACUGAUCCAUAACAAGGUCUCCUCUCAACAGUGUAAAUACCAAAGCAUUCCAAUGACCAUGAACAUAAUCAUUGCCUGUGAUGGGAUGGAACCCCGGACUUUUAAAGAACAUGCCUAA